GAGAGCGAAGUGAGGGGUGUGCCUCUGGUAUCCAAUCCUUACCCGGCUCUGCCAGGAUCCUGAGAUCCCUACCCAUCCCCAGAUCCCAUCUCCAGCUGCAAAUCACUGCAGAUUCAAACCCAGGACCGGACCGGGUUUGCCUGCCGCUCUGUCGCCUCCCGGGACAGAUCAGGGUUCAGGCGAGGGUUUUGCGCGACCUUGUGGCCUCUUCCUCCCACCCGUCCUCCCGGCUCCUUCGCCGCUCCAGCCAUGGCCCAGAAACCCAAGGUAGACCCCCACGUCGGGCGGCUAGGGUACCUGCAGGCGCUGGUCAAUGAGUUCCAGGAGACCGAGAGCCAAGAUGCCAAGGAACAAGUCCUUGCCAACCUCGCUAACUUCGCCUAUGACCCGGGCAACUACGAGUAUCUGCGGCAGCUGCAAGUCCUAGACCUAUUCCUCGAUUCGCUGUCAGAAGAGAACGAAACGCUAGUGAAAUUUGCUAUUGGGGGCCUCUGCAACCUGUCCCCGGACAAGGCCAACAAGGAGCACAUUCUGCAGGCCGGAGGCAUCCCGCUCAUCACCAACUGCCUGUCCAGUCCCAACGAGGAGACGGUGUUAUCUGCAGUCACCACACUCAUGUACCUAAGCUCACCCGGCACGGGCUCCCAUCCCGAGCUCACCUCCUUGCCUGUGGUCCAGUGCAUGCUGCGCUUUUCUCUCUCAGCCAACAUACGGCUCCGGAACCUGGCCCAGAUCUUCCUGGAGGACUUCUGCUCCCCAAGCCAGGUGGCUGAGGCACGGAGCCAGCAGGCCCAUUCGGCCCUGGGUAUCCCACUGCCAAAGACCGAGGCCCCACAGCAGCCCUGAUCCAAGAAGACCUCAGGGCUCUGCCACUUUCUGCCUGAGACCAGUCCUGACAUAGGAAGCAGAGACCAAUAGCCGUCCAUCCUGCCCACGGGAUGCCUGUUCGGCUGUAUGAAAGGUAGGAUCUCUGAGCAUGACGGGUGUUUAUGCUAGGAAAACCAGUAGGGAGGAAUGAAGGAGCCAGACCUGAGGUGCUUAGAGAAGAGAAACAGCUGGUGUGACUCUCAUGGGCUGGUGCUCCCAACAGUGCCGACAGAAGACCAGCUCGGUGCCCCAGGCCCAGCCAACACGCUGCUAUACAAGCUUUGCACAGCGGUGCUCAAGAACAGCUGCUAGAACCAGGACUCGGGAGAGUGGCCAGUAGCAUGAGUGCCCAGAGGAAAUUUGAUGGCUAGAGAUCAGCUGGCCUUAUCCGCUGGGAGGGUGCUGUGGGGUAACCCCUCCAGUACUGAGGCUGGGCAUUUGGGCACAGCAGACACUGACUUGGGUAGCUCUGCCGCCCAGAAACAACUGUCCACACAGCCCUGCCUUUUUGCUAGGCACCAAGUGAGGAACACAGAUGAGGUCUCUGCCCUUGGGUGUCACACCUCAGUGACUGUUAACCAGGUGGCCAUCGGGCAUUAGGAGCAAGGCCCUCCAGGAGUCAAGAGCAGAAUGAAGACAGGACAGCGAAGUGUCCCUUCAGACAGGACAGCGAAGUGUCCCUUCAGACAGGACAGCGAAGUGUCCCUUCAGACAGGACAGCGAAGUGUCCCUUCAGACAGGACAGCGAAGUGUCCCUCCAGAGAGGACAGCGAAGUGUCCCUUCAGACAGGACAGCGAAGUGUCCCUUCAGACAGGACAGCGAAGUGUCCCUUCAGAGAGGACAGCGAAGUGUCCCUUCAGACAGGACAGCGAAGUGUCCCUUCAGACAGGACAGCGAAAUGUCCCUUCAGACAGGACAGCGAAGUGUCCCUUCAGAGAGGACAGCGAAGUGUCCCUUCAGAGAGGACAGCGAAGUGUCCCUUCAGACAGGACAGCGAAGUGUCCCUUCAGAGAGGACAGCGAAGUGUCCCUUCAGAGAGGACAGCGAAGUGUCCCUUCAGACAGGACAGCGAAGUGUCCCUUCAGACAGGGCAGCGAAGUGUCCCUUCAGAGAGGCCCUGCAUAGGGUCCUGCGACACAGAUGGAAAGACAGUGACUUCAGCUCCUCUUGUGACCAGGCUGUCGACCCCUCGUGUACCAACUGCCAACUGUGGCAUCCCUGUCCCUUCAAAAAAGCUGCUCUGCCCCCUCUGCCUGUGACCGGAUCUUCUGACGCUGGGGAUGGGAGCCCUGCAUACGAACCCUUCAUGGUCGGGACAAGAGCCUACCCAGGUCCGCUACCCAGGUCCACUAUCUACUGUUGUCCCAGAAGCCACCAACCUCCAGCAGCAGCUGGAGGACCCAGAGAGCACAGCAGCUCAAACCUGUAAUCCUAUCACUUGAGAAACAGAGGCAGGAGGAUAGUCAUGAGUUUGAGACCAGCCCCCACAACUUGGGGGACUUGGGCUAUGGAGUAAGAUCCUGUCCCAAAAGGAAAAAACAGGGUCCCAAUAAUGUCUGAAGGACACCAAGAUUCUGUCUCCCUCCCUCCGAUGCCAGCGAAAAGAAAAAAAAAAUGAAACUAAAGGGGAAAGAAGCAAAAAGAGGGUAGACCUGAUGAGAGGUUGGGGUUCAGGAGAAAUGGGGGAGCUUCUGAUCUCUAGCACUGUCCCCCUUAGAUGGUGAACAAAAAGCUGUGUUCCAGGAAGGCCAUCUGCAAGGGUGUAGGAAUGAGGCUGUGGGUGCGGCCGCUGCAGGAGGGGAGGAAGAAGACUAUCAGAGUUGCGGUUCUCUGCCCCACCCCAGCCCAGCACAGACCCUGGCCUUUCCUAAGAGAAGGUCUUCAAAGAACAGAUGCCUUGCUUUGGGUUUUUAUUUUUAUUAAAAUCCUCCUA